CCGGUCACAUGUGUACGAGCUCUGCGAGGCGCAUACCAUGCCUAAGCCAGCAAAGCGAGCGCGCACGGAUGAUGCAGGCGCGUCCGGUCAUAUGCUAGCAUCCGCGGUGCUCUCAAGCGUGACCUGCCCCAUCAGCCAAGCCCUGGUCGUGGACCCGGUCAUGGCGGAAGAUGGAGCAAUCUACGAGCGAGAUCAGAUCACGAAGUGGCUGAGCUCUAACAAUCGCAGCCCCGUCACGAAUGCCGCCAUGGGCGCUCGGCUCGUCGCCGCCCAAAACACCCGCAGUCUGGUCGAGUCGCUGCUCGAGAGCGAAAGUGUUGACGACGACGCGGCGGCGGCGUGGCACGCGGCCUCGGCCCGCAAGAAGAUCACCGGCGCGCUGCCGGGCGGCAUCGACGCGGCUAAGGUGCACCUCGACCGCGCUGCGGCGCUGGAUUCCUCGACGGAAUGCGACGUGCUGCGGGAGGCGCUGGCGCUGCGCGAUCAGCACAAAGGCGUUUUGACGAAAGCGGCCGCCGCAGGGGUCACUCGCGAAGUCGAGUCGAUCUUAUCGGGCCGGACGCGCAGCCCGAUGACCGCAUGGCGCCCCGACCUUAAGGCCGGGGCAAUUAUCCGAUUAAUCGACGACAGAGACGAGCUCAAACGGCUCUUCGGGCGGCCUGCUCCGGGCAGCCAAAAAGCCAUUAACAUUGGCCCAUGGCCGGACUAUUUUAGGCCAGAAGGGCGGGAAGGCAGGGUCGUAGGUGUCUCGGAAAAAUAUCGUGCGUACAGAGUGUCCGGAAGAGGGAUGAACGGAAGAGAGAUGAAGAUGAUAUGGCCGUUCGACGCCUGUAUUCUGAUCGUAGAGAACAACUCGGGCAACCCGCCGGACUCGAGUGACGACUCGGACGAUUCCUCUUCGGACGACUCGGACAUCAUUGGCGGCCAGCGGUCGUUCUUCGACUUGAGCGGCACGGCCGACUCGGACGACUCCUCAUCGGACUCGGACGACUCUUCUGGAUAAGAAACUCUCACAAAAUUUUUUACA